UUUUUACAAAAAAGCUCACACUUUGAUGAGAGUCACAAUAAGAAACAUGUUCCUUGAAGAGCUCUUUGCAAGUGCCAAUCAAAAACUAGGGUGCACCUAAUACAGCACCGUGCCUUGAUUGUGGUAAAGUGCACUAUUCUGUUUGUCUACUUUGCAUGACUAAGCAGACACCAAGUGAAAAGGUCAAGCUUUGGCCAAAAAAAAAAAAACUUUGCGACACAUUACUAAUUCGGAAUGUUUUCUGUCACAAAUCCGGCUUCAAGCAGGCCUGCAAUUGAGACAUCCAGCACGGGAUAUUUCACGACACAAUAGGAUUCUUGUUCACACUUGAAUUUGAUUGGCCACAAUCAAAGCGAGCUAGGCCGGGCGAAAAAAGAAGCUUGACAACACAGCUUGCGAGGGGGCACUGGACGGAUAAAUACACAGCUCCGGUCUGGGCGGAAAGCACAAACUUGUACUUGCUGAGAGUUUCAUUUGAUCCGUUUCACCAGCACAGAGCGGAGACAUGGUCAGCAGAUUUGAGCACCCAGCCGGCGGCUACAAGAAGAUCUUCGAGACAUGCGAGGAGCUUGCCGAGCCUCUUCCAGCAACAGUCAUAGGAAGGAUUCCUUCCUUUCUGAGGGGAAGUCUUCUGCGUUUGGGUCCUGGUCUUUUUGAAGUGGGGGACGAGCCCUUCUAUCACCUCUUUGACGGACAGGCACUCAUGCACAAGUUUGACUUUAAGAACGGACAAGUCACCUACUUUCGCAAAUUUGUCAAAACCGACGCAUACGUGCGGGCCAUCACAGAGAAGCGCGUGGUCAUCACCGAAUUUGGCACGUUUGCUUAUCCCGACCCCUGCAAAAAUAUCUUCUCCAGGUUCUUCUCUUACUUCAAGGGUGUGGAGGUGACAGACAACUGUCUGGUCAACGUCUACCCGGUGGGAGAAGAUUAUUACGCCGUCACCGAAACCAACUAUAUCACCAAGGUGGACCCCGACACUCUGGAUACACUGAAGAAGGUGGACAUGUGCAACUAUAUCAACAUCAACGGCGUGACGGCGCACCCCCACAUCGAGAGGGACGGCACCGUGUACAACAUCGGGAACUGCAUGGGCAAAGGAGCCACGUUGGCCUACAACAUUGUCAGGAUUCCGCCCGCGCAGAAAGACAAAUCGGACCCCAUUGAGAGGUCCAAGGUGGUGGUGCAGUUCCCCAGCGCCGAGAGGUUCAAGCCCGCCUACGUUCACAGCUUCGGCAUGUCGGAAAACUACUUCGUCUUCGUGGAGACGCCGGUCAAGAUCAAUCUGCUCAAGUUCUUGAGCGCCUGGAGCAUCCGAGGCUCAAACUAUAUGGACUGCUUCGAGUCCAACGAGAGCCAAGGCACGUUGUUCCACAUCGCCAGAAAGCAUCCGGGGGAGUACAUCGACCACAAGUUCAAGGGGGCAGCCAUCGGCAUGUUCCACCACAUCAACACCUACGAGGACAACGGCUUCGUUGUGUUCGACCUGUGCGCAUGGAAAGGCUUCGAGUUUGUGUACAACUACCUGUGGCUGGCUAACCUGAGAGCCAACUGGGAGGAAGUGAAGCAGGCGGCCAUGAUUGCGCCCCAGCCGGAAGUUCGCAGAUACGUCAUUCCCUUGGACGUCCAUAAGGAGGAGCAAGGGAAGAACUUGGUGAGCUUGCCUUAUACCACAGCCACAGCGGUCAUGCACGCUGACGGCACCAUCUGGCUGGAGCCCGAGGUGCUCUUCGCUGGACCACGCCAGGCGUUUGAGUUCCCGCAGAUCAACUAUGAAAAGUAUGCGGGGAAGAACUACACGUACGCCUACGGCCUGGGUCUCAACCACUUCAUACCAGACAGGAUUUGUAAAUUGAAUGUGAAAAGCAAGGAGACCUGGAUUUGGCAAGAACCCGACUCAUAUCCCUCGGAGCCCCUCUUUGUGCAGACCCCUGAUUCUGUGGACGAGGAUGAUGGUGUGCUGCUGACCAUCGUGGUAGCCCCCGGCUCACAGAGACCAGGGUACCUUCUCAUCCUCAAUGCAAAGGACCUGUCAGAGAUCGCUCGGGCCGAGGUGGACUGCACUAUCCCGGUCACCUUCCACGGCAUGUACAAACCAUGAUGGCUGACGUUUUAAGAUUAAGAUAUCCUUUAUUUGUCCCACACUGGGACAAAUUUUGGGGCUCAUUUCAAAUAAAAGCGCUCUCUGAAUAUGCAA